AUGUUGCAGAUCCCCUAUUCCAAAAGAAAGGAUUUAAUAUUUCACCUGUUUGCAGGUCAUCCUCUACGAAUUGUGAUGAUUGGGAAAACGGGAGUGGGAAAAAGUGCUGUAGGAAACACUAUCUUGGGCAGACCUGCCUUUGUGUCAGAAGCCACUGCAAAUUCUGUCACUGCACUAUGCCAGAGGGAAAAGACUUCUGGAGGCAAUAGAGAAAUUUAUGUGAUUGACACUCCUGGCAUUCUGGACACUGAAAAAGAAGCAGAUACUAUAAAAAAAGAGAUUGUGAGGUGCAUCCAGGUGUCUGCUCCCGGGCCUCAUGUCUUCCUACUAGUGAUCCAAGUGGGCCGAUUCACAAAAGAGGAAGAAAAUGCUGUUCUUGGGUUGCAGGAGUUAUUUGGAGAAGAAGCUUCAAAAUAUAUGAUUGUGGUGUUUACUCAUGGAGACAAACUUAACGGACAAACAAUAGAGGACUAUGUGCGAAAGGGUCAUCCACAACUCCAAAAAGUGAUACAGAGUUGCGGGAGUCGAUAUGUUGUCUUCAACAACAACAGAAUGGAAGAUCGAGACCAAGUGGUCAAGCUCAUUGUUAAAACUGAUGAGAUGGUAGCAGCCAAUGGAGGAUCUUACUAUACAGACGAAAUGUACCAGGAAGUAGAACAAAGACUCCAGCAACAGAGGGUUGCAAGGGAGCAGGCAGAGAUUCAACAGUUCGACUUCAAUUUCCUCCAAAAUCUUCAUGAGAGAAUAAUAACAUUCCAGCAAAUACUAAUGGGUGAAUUCCAGCCUUCUGCUUUUAAGUAUUAG